AUGGCCGUGGUGUUUUUGGUAUUUUCUUUCGGCGGGGUCGUUAUUCCAGGACUCGAGGAGUUUUAUACCAAACGGCUUAAGCGGCCUACGGAGCUCCUGAACCGCCACAUGUCCAUAGGGUUCACCAUCCCCGUGGUCAUGCUCUGCCAUGGCCCGUUGUCCGAUGCCCGGAGCGUUGGCAUGAUCGUCAUCUGCUUUGCACUGAUGGGCUUGUUCAACACCAUACUCGCGUUCUUCCUCGCCUUUCCGCUCCAAUGCCUGAUGGUUCGGUACGACAAAGAGUUCUGGAUCACAUCAACUAGUGAUAGCGAGAAAGGGGGAGGCCAACAGGGAGCUAGGAAUGCCAGGACGCGCGGGCCUUUCCACAAAAGCUCUCUCGCGGGGAGCUCCUGUACCAUUCCCCGGCCGAUCGGCCGGUGCCUUCAUAUCUGGGCCAUGUCCAACCCUAUUCUCGUCAUCUGCUGGCUCCUGACCUUCACUGUCGGGGUGCCGCUCCGCUACUGCACUGGCAACGACCCGCUGCUUGCCACGCUGCUCCUCUUCUCUCUCUGGCUCACGACAAUCGCCAUCCAAGCCACGAUCAAAUCAUCUUCGAUGUUCCCCCCCUGGAUCCGUACUCUCCUGUCUGGCCUUCUCAACCCGGUUCUCUGGACAGCACUCACGAUGAUAUCCUACGUCUUCACCGAUGCCUCACUCAGCAGCCGCUCACUUCCUGCCAUGCUGGCCACCCUACAGACCAACACCCCGCUAUCAUCAAUCAUCCUCCACGCUGCGACGCCGUAUUCCCAACCUUCCGCAUCAUUGACCAUGGCAGCAGGUGACGUCGCCAUCACUAUCCUUAACGCCGGCCUUGUGGCUUGGGGACUUAAACUUUACGCCCACCGCACGCAUCUACUUUCUCGCAGUGGUGCGACCGUGUGCAUCGUUUCGUCGGUCCUCGCCGUUGCGAACCUUGUCGGCGGUCCCGUUCUCGCCGCCCGGGCAUUAGGGGUACGACCUCGCGGGGCGGCAGUAGCCUUUGCAGCGCGCAGCGUGACCAUUGCGCUGGGUAAUCCGGUCAUGAAAAUGCUUGGAGGUGAUGCGGGGUUGUGCGCGGCUAUGGUGGUCGCAGGUGGGAUUGUGUACCAGAUGGGGAUGGGGCUGGGAGUCGGGGUAUGGUUGGAGAGGGUGGGUACGGCAGAUGCGGUCGGGGUUGCUGAAGGGGACGAUGGUACGACCCGCUUAUUAUCCCCCUCACGACCUCACUUCCCCAACGACCCACGGAUCGUCGCACCUGGUAUCACAGUGGGAAUCAACGCAGCUGCCAUGGGCACUGCUUACUUGUACGAAGCCGAGAGUGAGGCUGCCCCAUAUGCGGCACUUUCCAUGAUUGCGCUCGGCGUGAUGACGGUGGUGUUCGCGAGUAUCCCGCCACUAACGAAGUGGAUUAUCGGGAUUGUAUAG